AUGGACUCUCGCACGUUGAGGCCUUAUUUACCGCUGCUUCAAUCAGAACCAAGUCAGGACAAAAUAGAGGCAUUAUCUAAUCAUGCUGUUGUGAGGCUUGGUGAAGCCGAUAUUAAGGUAUUGGGUAAUAUUCUACCUCAUCCAAUGUUUGGUGGCCAAAAGAGGACCGAAUCCGAGAAGAGAUUGGAUGGUAAAUACUUUGUAACAGUUCAAGAUAGGGAUUGGUACUGGAGAGCUUAUCUACCAGAAGGGGAAGAUAGGGAUCAUCCUGCUUGUAAUAUAUUUGGCCCGAGGGGUAGAAGCCUCGAAAGACUUAACUUUACAAAGAGUUUAGUCGUUGAAUCAUCAGCGUUGUUUGUUCUUCUGAUUUUAGAAGCAGAAGAUGGUGGUGUGGCGGUAAGCAUAAUUGCGCCGGCGGGGAGGAGAAGAGAAUAA